CCAUCAGCAUUUAGCUGGUUAUAUUCAGCCAGGCUCCAGGCACACCCCAUGCAGACACUGACACCAAAGCUCAGCUCUGAGAGAAGGAGGGAGAAGACUGUUUAUUUCAGUAGCCCCAGCUUGCAUUGACCACCAGUAGAACUUACACCUUGCAAUGGCAGAAGGUUUUUGUGGAGAGAUUCUUGACGACAUGAGCAAGGAGACAAGUCAUGGUUAUGGAAACCAAGAUCUCAUGGAAAAGCAACUGAGACUUGUCCUGGUCGGGAAAACAGGAGCUGGGAAAAGUGCGACAGGGAACAGCAUCCUUGGAAAACGAGUUUUUGAGUCAAAAUUAGCAGCAAAGUCAGUAACCAAGAACUGUAUGAAAGCAAGUAGAUUGUGGAAAGAUAAAGAGAUUAUAGUAAUAGAUACUCCUGGAAUUUUUGAUACUGAUGUAUGUGAUGAAGACACUUCAAAGGAGAUUAGCCACUGCCUCAUGAUGUCCUCCCCUGGGCCUCAUGCCAUCCUCCUAGUGGUCCCACUUAGUCGGUAUACCAAGGAGGAAAAAGAUGCAUUAAAGAAGAUCCUGGGAAUAUUUGGUUCCAGAGCCAAGAAAUUUAUGAUUCUUUUAUUUACUCGGAAGGAUGAUUUGGAAGAUACUGACUUGAAUCAAUACCUAUGUGAAACUACGGAUAAAGAUUUGAAAGCUCUGAAAGACCAGUUUGAUGGAAGAUGCUGUGCUUUCAACAAUCGGGCAACUGGAAAUGAGCAGGAGGCCCAACUAACAGAGCUUCUGAGUUUGAUUGAGCAAGUAAUGCAGAAGAAUGGAGGCUCUUGCUACACAAACCAGAUGUAUCAACUAACAGAAAAAACGAUUCAGAAAGAAACUAAAGCACUACAAAAAGUCUACAUGCAAGACCUGGAAAGACUGAAACAGGAAAUAAGAAAAGAAUAUGAAGAGGAAAUAAAAAACUUAAACAAUGAAUUGGAGCAGAAAAAAAGAGAAGAAAAAAUGUAUAGGGAACUUGCAGAAAAAGAAAAAUUCUAUGCAGGAAAGCAAAGAGGUGCUAGAACUGAAGUUAUGAACCAAAAUCGGUUUGUGAAAAACAUAGUGGAAAUCUUGGGAAAGAUUCAGGAUAUCAUUAAAACUAUAUUUCAAGAGUAAAGAUCUUUAUAAAACUAUUUUAUGUUUUCUGCUACUUUUCCAGCUUCUCUCUCUGUUGGUUACUGAUGAAUCAUGAGGCAUCACGAGUCCAUCCUACCACUCAUCUCUUCAAGAAUAAAGGCAGUUGCAAACCUUUGGUUGUAAGAACUAACUUAAUAUUUAAUAAGUAACAUUUUUGUCUGAAAAGAAAGGGACACUUUAUUUUUCUGUAAAAAUCCAGAAAAAGAGAGCUUAAACUUAUUCUGAAUCAGAAAACUUCCCCCCAAGAUCCAGAGGAAGAAAAGAGUCAAACUUAUAGUAGGAUUUUGAUAUUUUUCCAUCCCCUCCUCUCUAAAAAAGAAAUGUGUUCUCUGUGUGUGACUCUUCCUCACAUUUCAAUUGUUGUCAUUAUUAAAGAAUAUACAAUAACUAAUAUUUGUGUGGCAAUGUUAAAAUUUGAAUAAUGCUAUAUGUAAUGCUUACUUACAGCUACCUACAAAUCAAGUGUCAUUUGAUUUGAUCUUUACUACAACUCUGUAAGAUAGAUUGUUGUUAUCUACAUUUUAUCAAUAAGGAAAGUGGGCCUGAGAAUCUAAAUGAUUUCCCCACAAUCAUAGUGUGUGUGUGUAUAAUUGAAGAACUUCCAGCAGCAGCCUAUAGUAAAGAUAAGGUAAAGAAUUUCCAGCAGCUUCCUGCAGUAAAGAUAAGUGAAGAAUUUCAAAAGAUGUAUCCAACCUAGAAUGAUGGCGUUUAUUGCUGUUCAAACCAUUAAUGUUUAAACAAAUGGUUGCUUGAUGUGUGGUUACUCCCAGAACUAGGAAUCUGCUGUUUCUGGUAUGAAAAACAUCCAAUAAAAAAGGGGGGGGGGAGGGGCACCUGCCUCUUAAUGUAAUCCUUUGUAUCUAAAAGACCUAUA